GCCUUAUAGUAUAUUUAGAUGUGAGGACUACGAUAUUACGGGUACUUGCCAGUUUGACGGAAUUGUUCCUUAGUUACAGUGUUUUUCUUGUACCUACGCGUUUCGGUAGGGUUUUCUUUCUUUCUUUUUUUUUCCAGAGGGAGAAAGUGAUACGAGUUAAAUAUUCUAUCAGUGUAUGGUCGUGAAAUUCGUGUACUUUGAAUGGUGACGAGGUGAUUUAUGCGCGUUUUAAAAAUCAAGAUGGUUUAUUGAUUUCAUUUUCGUAUAAAAUGUGAUACCUAGUUCGAUUCGCGAUUACCUACCGGAAUUUAUUUUUAGAAAUAUACAUAACUCGAUGGGAGUCUCGAUUUGCACCAUAAAACACACCGAUCCAUAUUGAUCCUCUAUCAUAAUGGAAGUCUUGAAAACAGAUCCGGCAUCAAUUCGACCCCUAUCAGAUAAAACUUUCGAUACAGAAAUCGGCACAGAUGUCAUCCCAAACCUUCCGAGCUCCCCGUACGUGAAAAAGCCCACAGAAUCCAACAUCGACGACGCUUUCUCCAACGUAAUAGCCGGAUUAGCCGAUAAAAGUUGGGAAACUCGUAAUCAGACUUUAAUCGAGCUUCGGAAACUCAUCCCGGAGACGAAAAUCGAUCUGAAGUCUAAAAUCACCAAAGAAGUGCUACGUCUGGUGACUUUGAAUCUAUCCAAUGUGGUGCCUUACGUUCAUCAAAAUGCCCUAGAUGUUAUUUUGGCUUUCGUGGCGUACUCUUCUGAUGCGGAAAAUGUGCUCAGGAAUGUGAUCACUUUCGGGGUCGAUACGUCUACAGCUGAUGCCAACUUAUCUUUGAAUACUAUCCACGAUAUGCCCAUAAUUCUAAGAUCUCUGCAGCAACGUACCAGUUCGAAAAACGUCUCGCAUCAGUUGCUGGUCCAAUUGGUGACCUCUUUGUCCAAACGCAUGGUGCAGAUAACUCAUCAGAAACACGUGGUCGUCAGCUUGUUACGAAUCAAAGGUUUGAUAGGUGCUUCGAUGUUCGACCAUUUUCUAGAAACUUAUUAUCCUCAAGUGAAACGCGACUUCGACGUAUUAUGCAACGUCUACGAUACGGAUAUCUUCUCCGAGAUAUCCGAUCACGACCGGCAGCCGGAUCAGACAGCUUUGGAGUACGAAGAAGACUGCGAAGGUAACUCGGACGACGACGUAAUAAUGAAAGUUUACGACGAAGAUGGUAACGAGAUAAAACGCACAUCUUCCAGAAGAGUCACUUUUGGAGGAGAAAUAGUUAAAAUACGAACUCCAGAUAGUGACGCGACAGCCAUCAAUUGCAGUGUCAAAGAUAAGCUGGACAUUAGCGCCAAUAUACUCAUACAGCUGUCUAGUGAUGAAAGUUUGGACAGUGGUAAUGAAAGUAUAAAUGUCUCCACGACGAAUGAGACAAUCAAAUGUGAUAAGUCGAGGCCUCGAUCGAGCCACAUCCCGUUGCCAAUUCGACCAGCUCUGCAUAAACCAAAACCUCCUCUAACAGCUUUUCGCCAGCCAUCGAUAAGUCUUUUGAAUGGAUCCGCGAAGCAGAAAACUGAUUACGAGAUUUUGAACGAGAUACCAAACUACGAAGGCGAGUCGUUGACCAGCAGUUCUGAUAGCAGUGAUAGGGGUAGGACUGUUUUCGUGACGAAUGCGUCGCUUUCCAUGAGCGAUGAACAGAAAUACACUACUUUGAAGAAUAAUACGUUGAGUGAGCUGCACAAGUUGAAGAUUAACGAUCGAAUAGUGUUGGAAAAUUUAUUUAAUAAGGAUGAUUGGCGAUUCUUUGUCAGCGGGUUGGAAAGAUUGACGCAGAUUCUAAGCCAGACUCAGAUAAAUCAAGCUUUAACAUCUCCCAACGCUGAAACGACCGGAGUAUCUUUGCUGUGCUACAUUUUCAACGGAUUAACCGAGACUAAUAACAGUCGUGUGAUCACUAGUUCUCUGAGAGCUUUGCGAGUCCUGUGUCAGGUCAUCGAUGCAUCCAUCCUGGCUCUGAAUCUGGCAGCCAUUGUACCGAUAUUCUGUUCGUAUUUGAGCUGCGAGUACGAUACGGCUAUUCAGUUGGAAGCUGUUGAGACUUUGAAGAUGCUGAUGAGGAAGUUCUCGCCGCAAACGGUUGUCGAUUUCUUGUUCACCGAUCAGAGUUUCUUUUCGAAGAGUUCUAAGAUGAGAGAGAACUCUUUAUUGUGCUUGAUGUACGCUUUGUUGGCAUUCCCCAGCACCGAAUUCAACGUCAACGAGUUGGCUGAAACUUUAAUCAAACAAGGUAUCAAUGAACCGAAGCGAAGAGUAAGGCAAGCUUUGCUGGAUGCUUUGUCCAUCUUAGGUCAAUUCAUCCCAAGAUCUCAAUUCAGAAUUGAUAACGCUGACGAAGAAACUCUAGCUUUCAAGAAAGCCUUAAGAGCUAGAUUAACCAGACGUCAGCUACCGAGCAUAUCUUCGAGCGGACUCUUACUUUAUGCGUUCCAAAUCUCAUCCAAAACAGCUUUUGGUACCGAUAUCGAAUGGAUUCUAGCCGGACGCGGAUCGUUAUCUGAUAACUAUAAUAAAUCCAAAGCUAAAUUUAAUUACGCCCACGGUGACGAUAUUUCUCCUAUUCAAACACAGCAAAGCUGGAACCUGGACAGCGAUAAGGUACAUUCGGCUAAAGAAUGUGGCCAGCCUUCGGAGUAUAGUUCGUAUUACUCGCAAAAUAUCAUCAAUCGAGGGAAUUCCGAAGAAACAUUGUAUACCAACUCUAGAUUAUACGAUUUUGAUAGAAAUAACAGCUUUGAAAGAUACAGUGCUGAUUGGACAGAUGCCAGAUUUUCUUCGAAUUUCUUCGAAAAUCUACACCACAGAUACCCAUCAACUCUUUCUGAUACGUCAAGUUAUGCAUCUUCCUGCGCAUCAGAUCAAAAUUUCCCCAGAUUAGAUCCUGCAUACGAGUCGAAUUUAGUCUCAAUUGGCAGACCUGUUUCCGAAGAUAAAUUAGAUAGGUUAUCCAAUUACAAAAAAUCAACGAAACUUCCCGUUCGAUUAGAACCAACGAUUCGUUCGGUACCAAUACACUAUAGCUAUAAUACCGGAGGUUCUCUUCCAAUAUUGAACGAUAAAAAAGAGAAAACUACGUAUUUUCAUAGCUUCUAUCAAAAUCGACAAGAACCGGAUACUCAAUUAUCUUCAGAUAGCGAUAGUAAAAGUAGAUGGUCGAAGAACCGAGAGAAUAAUUACAAACAAUCAAAAUCUCAUAACGAGAGUAAUGGGAACGCCAAUCAAAUAAAAACAAAACAUAACGGCCAACCUUUAGAAAACAAUAACAUUCUGAACUCUGCCGGUUCGAAGCAUCAGAACAUCGACAGAACUAAAUUCAGGAGGAGGAAACCAAAACAGCCCGAAAAAUCGAAUAAAAAUGAAGAAAAACCUGGUAAAAAAAUCGAAACCAACGCUCAACAAACCACAACGAACGAAGAAGAAAAAGAAGAUCCAGAAGAUAAGUUAACGGAUCUCUUGAGCGAAGACCAGAAUAAAAACAUAUCCGAAGAAUCGAAACCUAAAAAUGGCUCAACUAACGACACCAGUAAUGAAAAAUCAAAAAAAUAUUUAGAAAGAAAAGUAGGCGUAAAAUUAAAACGUUCGUUGACCAAAGAGAUAAAAAUGCCUCAGAGCACAUUCAACAUAAAUCCCGAACAAUUGCCACCGUUUGAGAAUCCUAAAGAAGCCAUUAAUAAGAUUUUGGAUCAAUUCCAAAGCAACGAAUGGGAAACUGUGAUAGAAGCUUUACAAGGGGUGGUUCGACUGACUAGACACCAUAAUAAAUAUUUAGCUCCUUGUUUGCAUACGUUUGUGAUAGCAGUCGCUAAGGAAAUACGCAAUUUGAGAUCUCAAGUUGCCAGGGCAGCUUGCCUAUCAGCUGAGAAUAUUUUCAGAUGCUUUGAUAAAAUUUCCAACCAAGAUAUUGAGGAAUUAUCUCAAGUUUUAUUCUUAAGGACAGCCGAUACUAAUAAGUUUUUAAGAGAAGAUAGUAAUCGAGCAUUGGACGCUAUGGUCGAGAAUAUCAAAUUUUCAAAAUGUGCUGUAAUUUUAACGCAGAAAAUCAGCAGCCAUCCGAAUGCCUUGGUCAGGGCCACAACAGCCAGACUCAUGUGUAAGAUGGUCGAAUUAUACGGUCCUGCGAAGAUUCUAUCGCUGUCGAAAGAACGAAAAGAAGCCAUUUUAACAACAGCUGUUCGAUUUUUAAUGGAUGGUAAUUUACAAACGAGAAACCAUGGUAAAAAUAUUCUAUUAAUGUUGAACGAAGAUAAACGAACGUUUGAAAUACUCACAGAAAUUGUACCGACAAAUGUAAUGUCGACGGUUAAUAAAUUUUUACGUAAUGUUAAAAAGUGAUUUAGAAUAAAUUCUUAUUAAAUUA